AGUAGGGAACACGAGCACCGCUGCGCCCUCCUGCGAGGCCAGCUGAACUAGGGUAACCGCGGAUAGCGGGAGCCAGAUCUGAGCGGAUGCGCAGCGAGAACCCGGGCCUUGAUCGCCGUGCGGCUGGCUCGGCCCGGCCCCAGGAGCUCAGGCCCCGCCCUUUCCGCCCGGCCGCUCUGAAAUAAUUGCUAAUAAGGUCUCUGUAGCCAUGGCUACUUCUGAUGUGAAACCAAAAUCAAUAAGUCGUGCCAAGAAAUGGUCAGAGGAGAUAGAAAAUCUGUACAGAUUUCAGCAAGCAGGCUACCGGGAUGAAAUCGAAUACAAACAAGUGAAACAAGUUGCCAUGGUAGACCGCUGGCCAGAGACAGGAUACGUGAAGAAACUUCAGCGGAGAGACAAUACUUUCUACUACUACAAUAAACAGAGAGAGUGCGAGGACAAGGAGGUCCACAAAGUGAAGAUUUACGCGUACUGACCUUUUC